CACAUCAUGCACUUCAGAUCCUUUAUCUCACACAAGGCUGAGCUUGAAAGCAAGAACAAUUUUGAAACAUUUAAUAACAUGAAACCUUGUAUGGCAUUUAUUCAAACCAGGAAUUGGCAUCUUGUACAUUGUGUCACUGUGUUUCUUCUAAUUUGUGGAGAUUUCACCAAGGCAUUUGUGAACAACACCCAAAACCUGAUGAACAUAAAUGUUUCAAAGGGAGAGAAUGUUAUUUUACACUGUGAUGGAAAUCGGACUAGUAAAUCUGAAGAUAUUGGCUGGCGUAAAGACAAGAUUAUUCUUUUUAACUCCAGCCCAGGAAUAAACCAAACUGUGAUCAACUACACAUCAUACAGGAUGCAUGUUGACCCACGAAAUCCAGGAAAUCUACAGAUAUCUGAUGUACAGCCUUCAGAUGCAGGAUUAUACUCAUGUUUUCCAUUUGACAAGGAGUGGAUUUUGAUGGUAACAAAUGGUAAUUCAAAAGUUAAAUCACUGAGACAAGAACAAAUGCUAGUCUUCAUACUCACCUCAGGAGCUGUUGCAGUCGGUCUCAUCAUCUUCUGUACUGUGUGUAUUCACAGGAAAUGGAAAAAGAAUGUGGACAUCCCUCCACAUGGAGGAGGAAUGAACAACAAUCAGAGCGACAACUAUAUUGAGAGACUUAACUCAGUUUAUGGACAAUAUCAUAUCUGAAGAUUGAGAAUAAUCUGAAGAAUAUUGCAGGUACACUUUACCUGUAUCUGCAUGAUUUAUUGCAUUGUUUUGCUUCCACGUGAUUGAACAACAAUGAGGAAACAUCCAAACAUAGAUAUAUACAUAAAAUACACACACAAAAGAUCAUUACUGUGGGACUGAUGUUGGGUGAGGGGGCAGUAGGUGUUCCAGUUCAUCCCAAAGGUGUUCAGUGCGAUUAAAGUCAGGGCUCAGUGCAGGACAUGUAAGCUCUUCAAUAUCAGACUUGGUAAAACGUGUUCAUGGACCUCACUUUGUGCACAGAUGUACUGUCAAGCUGGAAUAUUGACUGGGUGUCUUAGUGCCAGUGAAGGGAAAUUGUAAUUUUACAACAUACAAAACCAUUCUCUACAAUUGUUUGGUGCAGAACCACAUAUCGGUGUGAUGGACAACUCUCCACAUACUUUUGUAUAUACACAUCUUUAAUAAAUGAUUAAAUUAUUUGUUAAGUUAUUCAUUUGAGUA